UGGAACAGCUUCAACAGGACAGAUUGAGAGACCCACCCCAGAAUACCCAAUAAUCAGUUGGCACUCAUCUGAGACAUGGAAGACUUGGGUUCUCCCCACCUCAGGCAAAGGGGAAUUUUGAAUCCAGGGUUCUCAGAGCCUGGAAAAAUGUUGCCAACCACUUCAGUUAGUUCCCCAAACCAGGGCAAUGGUGCAUUAAACUCCAGGGAUGCAGCAAGACAUACAGCGGGUGCAAAGCGCUACAAAUAUCUAAGGAGGCUCCUUCACUUCCGGCAGAUGGACUUUGAGUUUGCUCUUUGGCAGAUGCUCUACCUGUUCACUUCACCACAGAGAGUUUAUAGAAACUUUCAUUACCGAAAACAAACAAAGGACCAGUGGGCAAGAGAUGAUCCUGCUUUCUUGGUAUUGCUGAGUAUUUGGCUGUGUGUCUCUACUAUAGGAUUUGGAUUUGUGCUGGACAUGGGAUUUUUUCAAAUGAUAAAGCUACUUCUUUGGGUUGUGUUUAUAGACUGCGUAGGCGUUGGCCUUCUAAUAGCAACUUUAAUGUGGUUUAUUUCUAAUAAGUACUUGGUAAAGCGACAGAGCAGAGACUAUGACGUGGAAUGGGGAUAUGCCUUUGAUGUUCAUCUGAAUGCUUUCUAUCCACUUCUAGUCAUUUUGCAUUUUAUCCAACUGUUUUUCAUCAAUUAUGUUAUCUCGUCAACCUCAUUCAUGGGAUAUUUUGUUGGGAAUACAGUAUGGCUCAUUGCAAUUGGUUAUUAUAUCUACGUAACAUUUCUUGGGUACAGUGCAUUGCCGUUUUUGAAGAACACAGUUAUCCUUUUGUAUCCAUUUGCACUCUUAAUUCUGCUGUAUGUGCUCUCAUUAGCACUGGGAUGGAACUUCACCAAGACACUUUGUACUUUCUAUGAAUUCAGAGUGAAAUAAAAACAGGUCUUCAUAUGUCUCUACUGUGUAGUUUGUCUUAGCUGCUGACAGUAUGAACAUCAAGACCUAUGGUUGUACAUUUUCUUUGUAGAUAAGUGUAAAAAGCUUGAAGUGUCUAUUGCAAUUUUUAAUGAUUAAAGUAUUUACAAACAGUAAAAAUGUUAUGUAUUCUGUAUGAAUACUUUUGCAGUACAUUCCUCAAGACAAACUACCUGUACAUUUUUGUAAUAAAUCUACUUAUGAAUAAGU